AUGUCAAAGGAUACUAGUAACCAAGUCAGUAAUGAUAGCGACGAAAAUGGCGAGGAGACCCGCUUCGUGGAUCCAGCGGUUCACCGAGUUCCAAACUAUGAGGUCUCUGAAAAGGCAUUUAUCCUUACUCAACCUAAAGUGAAUGCAGAUAAGCAGAGUUUAAUCGAAUCAAUCCUCGAGCUGGUAAAGAAAGAGGAAAUGGCCCCAUAUUACAAAUAUUUAUGCGAUGAGUACCUCCCAAGUGGCACUUUGAAAUUUGACGAAGCUUUAUACCAAGAAUUACUGAAGAAGAACGAAGAAAAGGUCGCCAGUCUCAAGAACAAGCUUACAGAGGUGGAGGAGAACGAUGAAGGGGAAUUGGAGAAGGCACAAUGUUGGAUCGAGCUCGGAGAAUAUUACACGCAAAUCGGUGAUCGCGCUAACGCCUUAGACACCCUGGAAAAGGCCUUGGGAAAAGCCAUCUCUACUGGAGCGAAGAUAGAUGUCAUGUUCACCAUUACUAGAAUUGGUUUCUUCUUCAAUGAUCAAUUUUUCGUCAAGGAAAAACUGGAGCAAAUAAACGUUAUGAUCGAAAAGGGCGGCGAUUGGGAAAGAAGAAACAGGUUCAAAACCUAUAAAGGUAUCCACUGCUUAGCAGUUAGAAAUUUCAAAGAGGCAGCUAAAUUGCUAGUCGAUUCUUUGGCUACGUUCACUUCGGUUGAAUUGGCGUCGUAUGAAAGCAUCGCUACUUACGCUUCCGUUGCAGGUCUAUUUACGUUGGAAAGAACGGAGCUUAAAUCUAAGGUGAUUGACUCUUCGGAGCUGCUCUCUCUGCUCAAUACUACUUCCGCACUUCAAUCCAUCUCUUCCCUCACGAUCUCCCUAUACACUUCCGAUUACUCCAGUUUCUUCCCUUUUCUGCUUGAAACUUACGAAAAUGUUCUGCUUCCAUGCAAGUACCUAAACGCCCACUCAGACUUCUUUGUCAGAGAGAUGAGAAGAAAAGUGUAUGCUCAGCUACUUGAUUCCUACAAGACAUUGUCUCUCAGGUCAAUGGCAGGCGCCUUCGGAGUAUCAGUCGAGUUCCUGGACAAUGACCUAGGUAAGUUCAUCCCAAAUAAACAACUGAACUGCGUUAUUGACAGAGUCAAUGGGAUCGUCGAAACAAACAGACCUGAUAACAAGAAUGCCCAGUACCAUCUGCUCAUCAAGCAAGGGGAUGGACUGCUAACUAAGCUUCAAAAAUAUGGUGCGGCCGUAAAACUUACGGGCUCGGAACGGGUCGCUUAA